AUGCCGCGGAAGGCGCUGGUCUGCGCCCUGGAGCUGGAGCUCCGCUCGAUAACUUGCCCUGGAGUAUUGCUGAAAGACAAAAGUGAGCUCUAUCUCAGCGCCUGUGUAUUUGGACAGUACAAAAGGACUCAAUGUGUCCCUGCAGCAUUUCCACUCUUCUUAGAAGAGAAACUAGUAUUUGAAAAGGUAUUUACUGAUGUAGUUGAUCCUGGAGAACUUGUUGAACUACUUGAAUUUGACACAGCAGUACUUGAACUAAUACAACUUGUUCCUCCAGUGGGAGAAAUUCUAGCCACUUAUGAAGAAAAUACAAGAGAUUUCCUGUUCCCUGACCCUAAGCUUACUCGUGGGCACCAUGGUUCAGAUCGUGAAGUUUUAAUGAAGCGGUCUUCUAGUUUUACAGGAAUUGCACCAAAAUUGAGAUUUUCUACCAGCUCCCUUAUUACAGAAAGCCUGUUAAGUUCAGGAAGGAUUCAUGUACAGGAUAAUUUGGAUCGGGUGCAUCAUUCAACACCAAAUGGAAGAUUACAAACAAGGUCACCAAAGAAAAACACCCCUUCACCUGAGAAAAACAGGCACUACUUAGCAACAAAGAACUAUGAGCAGCCCACAAUAGCUUCUAAAUCACGAUCUCCAUCUCCAUACACAAAAAGACGAAUGUGUGAGCUAUCAGAAGAAGCCAGACAACGACUGGCCCAUUUAAAUCUGGGGCCUUUUGAAUUCAGAAGAGAAACCGAUAAACCUCCAUUUGUAGUUAGACAUAUUGAACAUCCGAGCCCCACUGUUGAUGUUCAUACUUGGCGUCCCACCAGAGACAGUGGACGAGAAGGUUGGUCCAGGGUAUCUUAUGAUCCUUCUCUUCUUGGCAGCUAUAGACCCAAGCAUACUAAAAUUAUCAGGUCUCAUCAUGGGAAAGACUUAGAUGGCUCUUCUGACAGCUGUGAUGAGCACCCGAUGUCGGGUACUGCUAGUAGGCAGUUUCGUUCUACUAGUUCAUUAAUACGUUCAGCACCCUCCUCAUUGCAGAAACAUUCCUCAAGUCCUGUAUUAAACCGUUCUUCUCUUAGAGAAAGAUUUAAUUCUGGUUGGUCUACACCAGCAAAUGGAGAAGAGAUCCAUAAACGAGUGAAAAACAUUUUAAGGACGCACAGUGCUAGGCAAAGGCUAACAUUUGAUGAGAGUAACUCAUCGAAAGGAGACUCAAGUAAGACAAGAGACGUUUCGUGUAAAGACUCAUUAUGUGGCAGUGAACUACAGAGCAGUUCAUCGGCUCAGCAGAACACCACCGUUCACUUGGAUAAUGGUGAAUAUUGGUCCAACCGUGCAGCUGUGUAUAAAGGAAAACCCCACAGAGCUAUCUUUGAAGACAGCCUGGAGAAAAUAUACAGAAACAUGUACAAAAAAGCUUGUGGCACCAUUUCAAAAAGAAAAAUACACUCCUGA